AUGCUUAAUCUGAGUUUGCAAAACACAUUCUACGAGUCCAAUUUCAACCCAUUCGAGUACUCCAACAAUUCCAAUGUGAUCCAAGCCGACAUCCCUGGACUCAGCGUGAAAUGCGCAAACCGAACACUUCCUGUUUCCAACCUGGGAGAACCCAUCGACAUCCUGACGCGCAGAGAGAACAAAAGUCUGGACGACGUCGUGUACAUCUUCAACAGUGCAGCUCCACUUGGGGAGUUAUCGACAUUUCCAUUCUUCGCCAAGAAGAACAUGUCGUCUUUUGGAAUCGUGGUAGAGUUCAACAAUGUCCUCUACCCACAACCUGUCACAAUGUACCUGAGCAAGCACGUGCCGCCCACGACAGACAACUACAACUGGACAACAACGCUGCCUGUUCCCGAUGAGCAACUCUUCUCAAUAAAGUGGAUAAACAACACUUUCCUAACUGCCGACCCCUACAUGUGGCAUCUACCAGGGAGUGCUGACGUUGUGAACAUGACCAAGUAUUACGUCGGAGUGCAGUUUGGCUCUGAGCUGGAUGUAGGAAGUGAAGACGUUGUCGACUUUAAUCUGACCGUGUUUGAGACGUCCUGUGUUUAUUUCGCUGAGGAACCCAUUCACCUAUGGCAAAGCGACGGCUGCAGUGCUGGAGCGAUGUCCAAUAUGACCCACAUGCACUGUCGAUGCGACCAUCUGACCAAGUUCUCAGGCUUCGUGGCGCCGAACAUACUCGACAUCCAGGAGGCCCUGUCCGCGAACGUCCUGGAGAACCCAGCCGGACUCGUCCUGGUGCUGGCAGUGUUCGGGUCAUAUCUGUUCCUCCUCCUGUUUUCGAGGAAGGAAGAUAGGAAAGAUCUAACCAAGGUUGGAGUUUGGAUCCUGCCUGGCCAUAGACUGAACCCCCGCAGAGACUGUCAGUAUUUGAUCACAGUCUACACGGGCUUCAAGGGCAAUGCUGGGACAACUGCAGAGAUUUCCAUCGUCCUGCACGGCUUUAAGAAAAGUAGCCCCACCAUCACGUUCAGAGACCCGAAGAGGAUGCUGUUCGAAAAGGGCAGUGUGGAUUCUUUCCUAGUCUCCACGGAACAGCCGUUAGGGGGGCUGACUCACAUGCAAGUCUGGCAUAACAACGCCGGGUACAGCCCAGCAUGGUUCCUUAACCAAGUGAUUGUCGUCAACAGAGGAAACAACGAAACAACCUACUUCCUGGCAAACAGAUGGCUUGCUUUAGACGAAGAUGACGGCGAGAUUCACCGCAUCAUUCCCAUGGCGACACUGGAGGACUUGACAAAGUUUAGAAACGUUUUUCUUGCAAAAAGCUCUAGGGACAUGAACGAUGGUCACCUGUGGUUCUCCGUUGCCGGCCGCCCUGCCCGGAGCCCGUUCACUCGUGUCCAGCGCCUGUCCUGCUGCCUGACGCUGCUCUACAGCACCAUGCUCACCAACAUCAUGUUCUUCGGCCGCGGGGACGACUUCGACCCUCCCGAGCCGCUCAGUUUCGCUGCCGAUAGACCAUCCGUCGGUUUGAGGAUCAAGAAAAACAAUGACAUUGCCGCGAGUAAUGUUCAACCGACAGUGAAGGUCGACAAUGAUAGAACCGUUAAAGGCAACGAAGAGAGGUCUGUGCCAGAGAAGAAGUUUACACUUCCCUGGUGGGUUGUGUAUUUAGGUUGGCUGCUUGUGUGGUCGACUGGAUUUGUGGCUGCCUUCUUCACAGUUCUGUACACGCUGAGCUUCGGCAGGGCGAAGGCAGAAGCCUGGGUUUUCACCUUCGUGACGUCUUUUUUCACCGACCUUUUCCUGGUGCAACCCUUCAAGCUGAUGUUGUUUGCCAUGAUGUUUGCCUUGUUGACGAGGAAACCUUUCGAAGACGAAGAUCCACGACCUGCGCCAUUGGAAGAGGACGAGGAAUAUUUAAAACCCGAAAUUCAGUUUGACGAAGUUCAGUCGAGUCGUCGGUUUGGCAGUGCAACUGGCUGGAUGCGCUACAUGGGGAUGGGCCGAGCACCAAAGUAUGCUCCCGAUUCUAAACCUCCAGAUGAAGAGCGGACCACAUCACCACCAGAUGAGUCGGAACUAGCCGAAGCAAGAGCCAGGAGCGCAGAGAAACGCAAACGCCGUGCGGCUGUGCUGGAGGUGCUCGUGUUCGGCCUGUUCGUGACCGUGAUCAUGCUCACGGCGUACCAAGAACGGAGCCCGCUGGCCUUCUACAUGACACAGAACGUCAAGGAACACGUGUUUGGAAGCGCGGAAGAGCUUCCAGAUAUCAAGGACAUCCCUUCAUUCUGGGAAUGGGUAACAGACAGUCUGAUUCCAGCCACACACUCACAAGACUGGUACAACGGGAAAGCCUACCCCAGUGAUAUGGUACUUCCGGACAUGCUAACUCAUCAACUCGGCACGGCACAACUUAGACAGGUCCGUCUGGUACCAGGUCAACUCUGCGUGACUCCUGAACAGAUGCCAUCCUUUGCACCACGAUGUACCAUCGCUUUCGCCAAUCUAAAGGCGGACACCGAAGACUACAUGCAGACGAGAAGAACUGUGCAGAACGUAUGCUUGCUCCCUCUGGAGAUCCCCGAUCUACAGAAACUGGCUCCCACCAUGCCGUGGGGAGAUCUCAGGUAG